UAAAAAAAAACUAUAAACUAUAAAAAAACCUAUAAAAAAUGGAAAUUUUAUCAUCGCGUCAUUCAUCAAUACAUUCGGCUGCUAAGCUCAGCUACAAGAAUGUUGCCGACAUCUAUCCAAAACAGUUGCCCGAAGUGUAUUACUAUUAUCCCAUGGAUGACUAUGGAUUUAGUCCCAUGGAGAAGGUGUCGCUGAGAAAGGCUUGGGUGAUGAUCGAACCAUUUCUGCACCGUUUCAGCAAGGAAAUUUCACUAAGAUUCUUUACAGCUAACGAGUUAGAAAUUGAAAAAUUUCGCUUAUCCGGUGUGCUACAGUUGAAUAUUCUACAUAACCAUGUGCUGAACUUCAUGAAGCUCUUGGGUAGACUGAUAAACACAAUAUAUACACCGGCAGUAUUUCGAUCAGUACUAGACGAAAAUAUUCGACAACUUGCCAGACGUGGCAUUCACACCAGUCAUUUGGUGUUAAUGUCAACGUACAUCUAUGAUUAUUUACUGGAGUGCAACGUGCUCGUAGAUCAUGUAUCCGCGUCGUUUUCUAAGGGGUUGCAGCUGCUCUUAAAUUUUGUAGCCGAACAUACAUCCUCUAGGAGGAACACGUCAAUACUUUUGUUUGAUUAUGUAUCAAGUUCAACACAGAAAAGCACUAGCGUUUACAAAGAGAUAUGAAAUAAAUACAAUUAUUUAUUUCGCCAU